AUGGCUGAGAGUUUAGACGACAGUGAGUUUUGGCUCCCACCUAAGUUCCUCACUGACGAUGACUUAGCCAUGGAAAAGUAUGAAACGGAAACUCAUGAGGCCACGAAGGGUGGUCUUCUUUCUUUCGAGGUUUCAUAUAUGGGAUUUGGGUCUUUUGGAACUUCGUCGGAUCUCAAUUCUCUAGUUGAGUUCGUGGUCGGUUUGAGCGAAACAGAGAGUGACAAAAAGGACUAUCUCAUUGGCUUGACUCAUCAAAUGGCUCGCUCAACACUCAUUGACCUUGCUUUUUCGUCUGACAAGUCCAAGGCUUGGGUUGUGUUCGAUUCACCACAAUUGACCCUAUGUGGGUGUAGGCAGGGCUCGAGCAACGAAAGUUCGAACGGCCCUUCUCAGAUCUGUGCCCUUUGA